CCGCAGUGCAUGCGCGAAAAGACACGUGCUCCCAUCAUUCUGGAAAAUAUUUUGUGCCGACUUGUGGUAAUAACCUAUAGAACGUUUAAAUUUACUUUUAACUAUAAGUUGUUAAUUUAAAUAAGUGACCAAGUUAUCGAAAUAUUUGAGACCAUGGAAAAACAGGCAUACAAAGUAUGGAAUGCAUCAAGAACAAAGAAGAUAUGUGUUCUUUUAAAUAAAGAAAUGGAUAAUGUCUACGAAAAUAUUAUUCUUGAAGCCGGUCGAAGGUACUUUAUUAACUUUACUUUUUUAUACCUCGGUCGAAAGUACGUACUUUCGUUCCUAAUAGCAGGGAGUAAAUGUUUAACUUUCGUCCCUGCUAUUAGGGACGAAAGGUCGCGAAAAAUGAUGCUGAACGGAAGUGCUUUAUGCCUAGAAAAAGAUGGUACCACUCUUGACUCGGAUGAUGUAAUUAAAUAUUUCUGUAAUGAGAUAUUCAUGUUGCUUACCAACGAGGAAUUUUGGGUUCCUGCACAGUCUAAUAUAGAGAUAUUAUCAAUUUCACAAGCAGAUACCAUAACCGAUUGUUCAACACAUACGUUAUCUUUGUCAUCAAGUAUACUUGAUGACAAAGAAAAUACAAAUGAUGACCAAGAAAAUACAAAUGAUGACCAAGAAAAUACAAAUGAAAAAGAAAUAAAAAAUGUAAAUUAUAAUUUACUGUGGGAAAAUUUCAAAAUUCCGUGGCACCUAUUGCCAAAGUCCGCUAAGACUGAGUUAGAAAAUGAAUCACGCAAGCGCUCCAUUAUUUCAAAAGUAGUAAAUAUUGUUGUUGAAGAAAUGAGAGAAAUAAAAAAUCACAUUCCGAUCAGUGCUUUUAAAUUAGUAGCCAAAAAAAUAAUUAAUAAAUAUCCAAGAACUUUUCAGGACCAAGAUGAGGAUAAUGAAGUAUUUGGAGACGGAAUUGGUACAUUGGUAUCCAAAUUAGUGGAUCAUAAUAACUACUUAAAUCGCCCUCACAAAACUAAACAAAAUAGUGGUAAUAGUCUUAAAAUAAAAAAACGUAAGGUUCUUAUAGCCAGAGCUGGUUGUCCAGAAUGGGAGGCUUCUGCAAGUACUUCAGUUGAACCUAGUAAUGAGUUAGAAAAUUAUGAAUUAGAUAAUUCUGAAUUUACCGAUGAUUUUUUGACUAAAUACUUGGAAGCACAUUAUUCAAAGCAAAGAGAUUUUUUAAAUAAAUUAAUUCCUCCUACUGUUCAUCAAAUUAAAGCAACUUGGCCUGUUUUUGAAAAUGUCAAAUAUAUUUCGCUACACUUUCAUAAACUAACGAAAACAAAUUUGGAUAAUUUUUUGACUAGCUUACAACAAAAAUCAGAAAGACUUGUUAACUAUGCAAUACAACAAAAAUAUAUUGAAAAAACGGAAGAAAACCUGUCUAUUCAAGCACUAAAAUUUUUUGGAAAUUAUUUCAAGGAGAAUUUAUCAGAAAUUUUUUAUACUUUUGAGGAGAACACCUCAGAAAUUGAAAUAGCAAAUAAAAUAACCAUUAACGAAUGCUGUGUAGUGGAGCUAGGGUCCAUUCCAUGGGUAUUUUACCAAAAAUAUGCGUUUAUAAAAUGCGAUACAUUUUUACAAGCAGUAACAAUUAUGUUUGGUUUAUAUUUUAUUUUAAACUUGAGAUAUCCACGAAAAACUCAGGUUUUUAUGGAAUUUUUACAAAGAUAUCUUUUAAAAAUCCAUCCAGACAGCGGUUCAAAAUCUAAUGACCUGGCCGUAAAAAAAGUGCGAAGAUUUGUAAAUAAAUUAAAAGACAUUCCUUAG